UCUCAUCAUUCGUCUCGAUUUGCGAGCACGGAGCAUGGAGCCAAUGCCUGGAGCCUGUGAUUCAUGAGGUCCCGUGUCUAUGGUUACGGCGAUGACGACCCUUAGUCCACCCCUGCUGCUGCUGCCGAUGCUGCUGAUGUGUGGGCUCCUGCAUCUGGCCAGCACCGCAUUCCCCGAGGAGCCUGGACCCUUGAACUCCAUACCCUCUGAAGUGGUGCGACGGCAUCCUGUUUUUUUGGGUCGAGCUCAUCGCUCUUCGCUGAGGCUGGAGCCGCUGCAUAUUCAGAGGAUCCUGAAGGUCAACAGGACGCUCUACAUCGGAGCCAGGGAUGACUUGUUCCGUGUGGAACUGGAUAACGUGAUGGGGGACGAGAUGUUCUACAGCAAGAAGAGAACCUGGGAGUCCAAUAAAAAUGACAUACGAGUGUGCAGAAUGAAGGGCAAGCAUGAGGACGAGUGCCGGAAUUUCAUCAGAGUGCUGCUGAGCCGUCAGGACGGGCUGUUUGUGUGUGGGACCAACGCCUUCAACCCGCUGUGUGCCAACUACACCGGCGAUACCCUGGAGAUGCUGGGCGACCCCGUCAGUGGGAUGGCACGGUGCCCGUACGACCCAAAACAUGCCAACGUGGCCAUCUUCGCAGAGGGGAAUCUGUUCACUGCCACCGUCACCGACUUCCUGGCCAUUGACGCGGUGAUUUAUCGCAGCCUGGGGGACAGCCCGGCUCUGCGCACCGUCAAACACGACUCCAAGUGGUUCCGAGAGCCAUACUUCAUCAGUGCAGUGGAAUGGGGCCCUCACAUCUAUUUCUUCUUCCGAGAAAUCGCCAUGGAGUUCAACUACCUGGAGAAAGUGAUGGUGUCCCGCGUGGCCCGUGUGUGUAAGCGUGACCUGGGCGGUUCUCAGCGUGUCCUGGAGAAGCAGGGAACGUCGUUUCUGAAGGCGCGGCUCAACUGCUCCGUGCCGGGAGACUCACACUUCUACUUUAACAUGCUGCACUCCACCAGCCCUGUCAUCAGGAUGCACGGACGAGUCAUCCUCGGGGUCUUCUCCACACCAUCAAACAGUAUUCCGGGUUCGGCAGUGUGUGCUUUCGACAUGGAGCAGCUGGCCGGAGUGUUCGACGGCCGCUUCAAGGAGCAGAAGUCCCCGGAAUCCAUCUGGACCCCCUUUCCCGACGAGCUCCUCCCUAAACCCAGGCCUGGAGGCUGCGCUGGCCCCGGCUCCAAGUACAACUCGUCCAACUCCUUCCCGGAUGAGAUGCUGACCUUCGUCAAGACCCACCCCCUGAUGGAUGAGGCCGUGCCCUCGCUAGGUCAGAGGCCCUGGAUCGUGAGGACCAUGGUCAGGUACCAGCUGAAUAAGAUGGUGGUGGACACUGAGGCCGGGCCCUACCGGAAUCGCACCGUUCUCUUCUUGGGUUCCAGCCGCGGAACCAUCCUCAAGUUCCUCAUCUUACCGAACUCCGACAACACAGUGACCAGCGGAAACAUCCUCCUGGAGGAACUGGAGGGCUUCAACGCCGACAAGUGUGGAGAGGACUCUCCCCAGGCACGGCAGCUGCUGUCUCUGAUCCUGGACCGUCCGAGCCACACCCUGCUGCUGGCCUUCCCCUCCUGUGUGGUGAGGGUGCCCGUGGCCCGAUGCCAGCUCUACUCACGCUGCAUGAAGAACUGCAUCGCCUCGCGAGACCCCUACUGCGGCUGGACCCGAGGCAGCACCUGCUCCUUCCUGCGACCCGGAACGAGGAUACCGUUUGAGCAAGACGUGGAACAGGGGAACACAUCCCACCUGGGGGACUGUGACGGUCUUCUACAGGAGAGCUUCAUAGAGGAGCCCGACGGUCUGGUGUCCCUGAACCUGCUGGUGGUGUCUGCAGUUUCGGCCUUCUCCACCGGGGCGGUGCUGUCGGGCCUGAUGGUGUGCUGGAUCAUGAGCCACAAGCACCGGCAGUGCCAGCGUCGGGCCGGCUCGGGUCGCCAGCGGGGCAAAGGGGACAAGGAGCAGAGCAUGCUGGGCCAGGGCCGCAGCGGGUCAGUGAUGAGCGUGACGCGGGGCAGCGGCGACCGGCCGCGCUCGCAGCUGGAGAACCCCUUCGCCGUGCACAACGGGCUGCCCACACCCGAGCAGACGCCGCAGCAGCAGAAGCGGCCGUCCCCCAACGUGCACCUGUCCGAGCUGGACUGGGAGCAGGGCCAGCCGGUGCUGACCACCGUGGGCACCCCCUGCCCCCCCGGCAGCACGGCGGUCAUCUUCCAGAGACACAAGUACCCGCAGGGCGGCGGCGGAGGCAUCGGGCGGCACGGCGGAGACGACAUGGGCCCCGACAUGGUGGCACAGAGGCCCGGCGAGCGCGAGUGCUUCCUCAUCCUCAGCCACAGGGACGCGCCGCAGGGCCGGCAGCAGCCGGCCUCCGUCACACGCAACUCGGCGGGCGAGUACUACCCGUCCACGCCCCAGGAGUCGCCUGACCGCCGGCGGGUGGUGUCGGCGCCCAACACGCAGGGCGAAUACGGCGAGCCGCGCUGGACCCACGACGGGCUCAACUUCAGCAACAGCAACAACGCUGCCCCCGCAGGCCACCGGCUGCACUACGCCCUCCAGCAGACGCAGCAGCAGCAGCAGCAGCAGCAGCAGCAGACAACAACGCAGUCCCAGCGCCCCUCCUCCGCCAUCGUGAGGGGGUCCCACCAUCACCACCAUCACCCCCCACGAGGGCUGGGGGAGCUGUCCGACUUCAGCCACCUGCUGGGGGGGAAGGGCGUUGGGGAACGCACCCCCAACGGCCAGUGAGGACAUUAACGCAGAGCCUACUCUCUGACACUGCCGAGAAAGAGCCCAUCUUCCUCCCCCCCAACACACACACACACACACACCCUUUCAGCCCUCCCAUGUCUCGCUCUGAAUCUCACCUACACACCCCCCCCCCCCAAAUCCAGCCUCCCAGCCCCCCCCCC